AGUCAUUUGCUGUAAUUUCUAAAGAACUUACUCUGAAAUAAAUUCAAUGUAAUUCAGCCAAAAAGGUCACUAAGAUAAACCCGGUUUACAUAGCAUAUUUGACGAGGCUCUAGCUCGUUAAUUUGGCGAUAAUUUCGAUGCAGUGGUCUUCAAAUAUUUAGAGGGGAUCAUUUUGUAAAUUGUUCAGCACCAUUGGCAUAUUUUGCAACAUCACGGACGGAGAUAUAAGCUUGCAACAAACCCUAUGUAAACGCGUCUAUAGACAGGGCUGACGGUUGUAAUUGAAGAUAGAUUUGAGACUAGAUUCUGGAUGCUAUCUGGCAGCACAGCUGACCUCAACGAGAUCCGGCAACGCCCUGUGUGUACGUUGGAAGAGGCGAAAUUUUUCAAGAUAAAUGCCGGAUAAACCCUAAAGGAAACGUCGCGUCUUGCACGCCUGAGCCGGCCUCUCAGCCAUGCAGACCAUCAAAUGCGUGGUUGUGGGCGAUGGCGCGGUGGGAAAGACUUGUCUCCUCAUCUCGUACACCACAAACAGGUUUCCCUCGGAAUAUGUGCCCACAGUGUUUGACAACUACGCUGUGACGGUGAUGAUUGGCGGCGAGCCGUACACGCUCGGUCUGUUCGACACGGCCGGUCAGGAGGACUACGACCGCCUGCGGCCGCUCUCCUACCCCCAGACGGACGUCUUCCUCGUCUGCUACUCGGUCGUGUCGCCCUCCUCCUUCGAGAACGUCAAGGAGAAGUGGGUGCCCGAGAUCACGCACCACUGUCAGAAGACGCCGUUCCUGCUCGUCGGCACCCAGAUCGACCUGCGAGACGACGCCGCCACCAACGAGAAGCUCGCCAAAAACAAACAGCGGCCCAUCUCACUCGAGUACGGCGAGAAGCUGGCCAGGGAGCUGCGAGCCGUCAAAUACGUCGAAUGCUCGGCACUCACACAGAAGGGUCUGAAGAACGUUUUCGACGAGGCGAUACUGGCGGCGCUGGAGCCGCCGGAACCACCCAAAAAGAAACGCUGCAGCAUUUUGUAAUUCUAUCGCCCGGUCGCAGCACCUGGCAAUAAGCACGGUCUGGACCGCGCUCACAUGAGCGCGGUCCGGAGCCGGUCCAGAGUCCGGCGCUCCAGGACAGCGAGGAUCCGGAGGAUCCGGAGGGACACGGGCAGGUCCGCUGAGGAGCUAGUGUCGAACUGUCAGUGGGUCAGGGUCCACUAGACCCACUCCAGGCACCAAGGGGAGGGCGCACAGGAGGUACGGACUCGAACUCCAGCCGGGAGUGUUGGCCAGCCGCCACCCGAUGGGUGGCAGCCCGUAGUCUUUUCGGGCACACGGGAGUCUGGUAUUCGCUUCCAUCCGACUGUGCAGACUGAGUGGAGCGAGCGAGGCUCAGCGGUCGUCUACCGCGCUCGACUGGCGAGGUGAUGAGACUAUUUAUACGACGUUCCGAGGCGACAGGAACGGCUGGUCGAGGCCGAUAAGAGGCCGCUGGCUGCUGGAGAGAGUGAGAAAACUGAGAGAUAUGAGCCCGAGAGAAGGAAAGAGCGAGAACGAGAGAGAACGAGUGCGUGUCGCUGUGUAUGAUGUGUCGCCGCGCCGCUAUGGCCAGAGCUGCCUAGAUCUAUCGCUCACACACCCCGCGGCACAGGGCGGCAAUACCAAAUUAUCGUGUAUUUACCUUGAGUGACUGGCAAAUCGUGCGUGAGGAGAGGAAGGUGCCGUAUUAUUUACGUACUAACCAGGCGGACGACGCUCCGCCGAGCGGUCACCGCGCCCAGAGGAGAACCUGUUUUCGUAACAUUGUGUAUGAUACCGCGGGAGAGAGAGCGAAGAAAUGUGUCCUGUCCAGAUUUAUAAGUAAUUGAUUAAAAUAAAGCUACCACAAUUCCGAA